UUGUAGAAAGGUAUAUCUGGAGAGAGACUGUGAUAAGGCUCCCUGAUCCUGCAACCACACGGAGUAGAGAGAGAAGUAGAGAGAGGAGAAGAGAGAGAAGUAGAGAGAGGAGUAGAGAGAGAAGUAGAGAGAGGAGAAGAGAGAGUGGCUGGAGCUGUCCUGCUGAUAUAUCCUCUGUCACUGACUGACUCGUCCUGACCAGAUGAUGUCAUCGGAGCUCCUGUCCUUUGGUUGGCUGCAGCAGCUGCUGGUGGUGCUCCUGAAGCUGACCCUGUCCUUCGCCGAACCGACCAAUGGGACAGAGUGCACAGCCAGAGGUCCUGCCUCCUACAUUCUGGUCUUCACGGGUCACUGGAGCCCCCAGACGUUCCCUAAACAGUACCCACGGUUCCGUCCCCCUGCACAGUGGUCCAAACUCAUGGCUAUCACCCAUAAUAAGCAGCACCGGCUGUUUCAGGAGGGGGCGCUGGCUAGUAUAGGGGUGCAGAACUUUGCUGAGGUAGGGGUGACGGUAGAUCUGGUGAAGGGCGCGAAGGAUGCCAGGAAGAGACGAGCGGUCGGUGCCAUGUACAGAACAGCAGGCAUCGCCACUGGCAUCGGGCACAGCUCCACAGAACUGCUGCUGCAACCACGGAGCCCAUUGCUCUCUCUGAUGGUGAAAGUGAUCCCCAGCCCUGAUUGGUUCGUGGGGGUGGACAGUCUCAACCUCUGUGAAGGCGACAAGUGGAAACAGGAAGUGACCCUUGACCUCCAACCCUUUGAUGCGGGAACCGACAGCGGCUUCACUUUCUCCUCUCCCAACUACCCCACCGUCCCCCAGGAAAACAUCACACGGAUUACUUCCCAGAUGCCCAAGCACCCAGCCAACUCCUUCUAUUACCCCCGUCUCACAGAGCUGCCACCCAUAGCCUCCAUACAGCUAACCAGACAGAGACGUUCAUCCUCCCGUCAAACUCCCAUGUCCAAUCACAUUCUGCCUCACCCUAGCCACCCUCAACGCUUCUCAGAGACACCUUUGGAUUGUGAGGUGUCUCUGUGGUCGUCUUGGGGUCUGUGUCUGGGGCCCUGCUCCAGUGCAGGGGUCCGCCACCGUACCCGCUACAUCCUCCUGUGGCCAGCUAACGCUGGAGCCCCCUGUCCUGAGAUGGAGGAGCAGACCGAGUGUACGGCCUACAACUGCCUGAAGCCCCAGUGACCCCUGACAGAGUAGGGUGAAGUUGCCCCUAGACACUGAUCUGAAGUCUUUUAGGUUUAGGCCAGUAAGGUUAGGAUUCGGUUGGGAACGGUAAGCUGAUCCUAGAUCAGGGGGAACUUCUAGUUGGAGCGACUCCCAUGCCCAUCUACAAGUUAACACUGGGACUCAUACACAUUGCCGGACUCUGAGAGUUAUGCUACACCACAAACAGACCACAAUAAUGUAAGCAAUGGACUCUUUCACUGCAGAAUGCCAGUUUUGUAUUAAAUGGAGUUUACUUUUUGAUGUGGUCUUGAUAUAGAGUACUAAAGUCAACCUGAAGUCAAACCAGUCCUCUAAUACUUUUUCUUGAGGACUUGUACUAAGAAACACUGUUGUUGAUCGAUGACAAGCACCCACAUGGCAAAAGAGAACAAUGACAUUAUCAGUGGACAUAAGAGAGACACAGCUAUGUAGAGUAUGUCCUUGCACAUAAAUAAUACUCUCUUACGUUGUGGAACCUGGGGCAUUGAUUUAUAUGGGAAUCUUACAUGAUGCUCAGCUCAGCGCACAGCCAUCAUUCAACAACCACACAGACAGAUUUAUAAAUACCCUUUUCACAAGACACAACUGAAGGCUAACUAUAGCCCAGAACCCCAUGUCAGAAACCCUGGCCAAGUUGGAGAGAGACGAUUUUAUAAAAGAAAAAGGGAUACAAGUUUUUUUUUUUGCAGUUAUAUCUGUUCACUCUUAUUUAAUUUGAUGGACACAUUUUGUAUAUACUGGAUAUUAUGUUGUGUCUUGUGUAACUCAUGAUGAAAUAAAUACAAAUGGAGGUGUUUUCAGUAAA